CAUUUCCGCUUUCAAAUUUCCGGAACAUCGUGGUAAUUCUUGCCGCUUUGGAGAAUUUAUGAUCACCAGAAAAUGUUGACAAAAUUUGAAUCGAAAAGCGCUCGAGUAAAAGGUUUAUGUUUUCACCCGAAAAGACCUUGGAUUUUGGCUUCUCUGCACAAUGGAGUCAUUCAACUUUGGGAUUAUCGAAUGGCAACACUUAUUGAUAAAUAUGAUGAGCAUGAUGGUCCGGUUAGAGGGCUUUGCUUUCAUAAUCAGCAGCCUCUUUUCGUUUCGGGAGGAGACGAUUACAAGAUAAAAAUAUGGAAUUACAAACUAAAAAGAUGUCUCUUCACCUUAACUGGUCAUCUCGACUACAUUCGCACGACGACUUUUCACCACGAGUAUCCGUGGAUUCUAAGUUGUUCUGAUGAUCAAACAAUUCGUAUUUGGAAUUGGCAAAAUAGAUCAUGUGUUACAGUAAUAACAGGUCAUAGUCAUUACGUAAUGUGUGCUGCAUUUCAUCCAACUGAGGAUCUCAUUGUUUCUUGCUCUCUCGAUCAGACGAUUCGAGUAUGGGAUACUUCUGCUAUUAGAAAGAAGAACGUUUCUCCGGGAAUCAUGAGUGAUUACGGUAGGAGACAAGAUCAAGCCAAUUUGUUUGGAGUAACUGAUGCAGUUGUAAAGCAUGUACUAGAAGGUCAUGACAGAGGAGUUAACUGGGUGGCUUUUCAUCCAACUUUGCCACUAAUUGUCUCAGGGGCUGAUGAUAGAUCUAUUAAACUAUGGAGAAUGAAUGAUUCAAGAGCUUGGGAAGUAGAUACUUGUCGAGGACAUUUCAACAAUGUAUCUUGUGUGCUUUUUCAUCCUAGGAUGGAUUUAAUUUUGUCGAAUGCUGAAGAUAAAACUAUUAGAGUGUGGGAUAUGUCCAAAAGAACUGCUAUUCAAUCUUUCAGGAGAGAAAACGAUCGAUUUUGGGUUCUAGCUGCUCACCCUACCCUAAACUUAUUUGCAGCUGGUCAUGACGCAGGAAUGGUUUUAUUUAAGUUAGAAAGGGAAAGACCGGCAUUUUCCGUUCAUCAAAACAUUCUAUUCUAUGUCAAAGAUAAAUAUUUACGAAAGCUAGAUUUUACAACGAGUAAAGAUUUACCACUUAUGGAACUAAGAGGGGGCUUAAAAUCUCCUAUAUCUAGUAUGUCUUAUAAUCCUGCUGAAAAUGCUGUACUCCUCACAACGAAAGGUUCAUCCAGUGAUAAAAGCGUUUAUGACCUCUAUAGCAUUCCGAAAGACUGCAACACACAAAAUCCUGAUGCACCUGACUGCAAGCGUAGUUCUGGCAAUUCUGCCGUUUGGGUUGCAAGAAACAGAUUUGCUACUAUAGAUAGGUCUCAAGCGAUUGUAGUGAAAAAUUUGAACAAUGAAGUUACUAAAAAAGUUCAAGUCGAAUGUGAUAACAUAUUCUUUGCUGGAACUGGAUGCCUGCUUUUGAAAAGUGGCGAAAAUGCUAUUUUGUUUGAUGUUCAACAGAAGCGUCAGUUAGGUCAAGUGAAAUCACCUAAAUUGAGAUAUGUGGUUUGGUCUGCUGACAUGUCGCAUGUAGCUCUUCUUGGAAAAUAUACAGUGACGCUUUGUUCCAAGAGGCUUGAUCUGUUAUGUUCCAUUACAGAGAAUGUUAGAAUAAAAUCAGCUGCGUGGGAUGAAGAUGGGGUUCUUGUUUAUACAACAUCAAAUCACAUAAAAUACAUUCUUUUUAAUGGUGAUAGUGGAAUUAUAAGGACCCUUGAUCUUCCCAUAUACAUUACAAGAGUAAAGGGAAACAAUGUUUAUUGCUUAGAUAGAGAAUGCAAACCGAGAGUUUUAAACGUUGACUGCACUGAAUACAAAUUCAAGUUAGCUCUAAUUAAUAGAAAGUACGACGAAGUUCUGCAUAUGGUUAGAAAUGCAAAAUUGGUGGGACAGUCUAUUAUAGCCUACUUGCAGCAAAAAGGAUAUCCUGAAGUAGCUCUUCAUUUUGUUAAAGAUGAAAAAACGAAAUUCAGUCUAGCUCUAGAAUGCGGGCAGCUAGAAACUGCAAUGAAUAGUGCUAGAGCACUUGAUGAUCCUGAUUGCUGGAGGAAGUUAGGUGAGGCCGCUUUGUUACAGGGAAAUCAUCAUAUCGUGGAAAUGGCUUACCAACGAACAAAAUCUUUUGAUAAGUUGAGUUUCCUUUAUCUCAUAACUGGAAACUUGGAAAAACUGAGGAAAAUGACUAAAAUAGCUGAAAUCCGUAAAGAUCGAAGUGCUCAAUUUCAAAAUGCUCUGCUCUUGGGAGAUGUUCAAGAACGAUUCAAGGUUUUGAUGGAGUGUGAUCGUCAUGCGUUAGCUUACGUAACUGCAGCUACCCAUGGACUAAAAGAUCAAGAGGAGCAGUUGAAGUCAUAUUUCGAAAAGACAGAAACCAAAUUACCUGACCUCGUUGAAAACGCUCAGCUUUUGCAGCCUGCACCUCCAAUAGCUCAACAUGAAACGAAUUGGCCUCUCUUAACUAUUUCUAGAGGGUUCUUUGAAGGAGCAAUGGCCGCCAAACAAGCUGGAUACGACGGAGGAGCACCAAUUGGUUUGGGCAUUGUUGACGAUGGCGGGGAGCCUGGUUGGGGAAAUGAAGCUGAGCUUGUCCUUGAGGGUGAUGAAGGAGAUGACGAGUUCGUUGACGCACAAGCUCCUGAAGAAGGUGAUGGUUGGGACGCGGGCGACGAUGAUAUUGAACUGCCUGCAGACUUGGAAAUAUCUGAAGCUGAUGCACUUGCUGGUUCUGGGCAGAACGCUUACUUUGUCCCUCCAACUAAAGGUGUCAGCCAGAACCAGAUUUGGUGCAAUAAUUCCCAAUUACCUGUGGAUCACAUUUUGGCCGGUUCUUUUGAAACAGCCGCUAGAUUACUACAUGACCAAAUAGGUGUUGUCGACUUCACUGAGUACAAAAAAUUAUUCCUUUACACUUAUGCAAGGUCUAGGACGUGUUUCCAGGCAACACCUUCUCUGGAACCACUCUUCGGAUUUCCCCAUAGGAACUGGAAAGAAGCAGGUUUAAAGCAAGGUCUACCAGCAACUGGGUUAAGACUUGCAGAGCUUAUUCACAGGCUUCAAGCAGCUUAUCAAUUGACAACAAGUGGCAAGUUCGCUGAUGCAAUUGAGAAAUUUAGGUCCAUUCUCCUCAGUGUUCCUCUACUAGUAGUGGAAAACAAACAGGAAAUCGCUGAAGCCCAACAAUUAAUCGAAAUUUGUAGGGAAUAUAUAAUUGGUUUAACUAUGGAGCAAGCAAGGAAAGAUUUACCGAAGACAAGUGUUGAAGAUCAGAAGAGAAAUUGUGAAAUGGCUGCGUAUUUUACUCAUUGUAAAUUGCAACCUAUUCAUUUAAUUCUAACUCUUAGAACGGCAUUAAAUUUGUCAUUUAAAUUGAAAAACCUGAAGACAGCAGCAAGUUUUGCAAGGAGAUUACUUGAACUUGGGCCAAAACAAGAAGUUGCUGUUCAAGCAAGGAAAAUUAUGAUGGUAUGUGAAAAGAAUCCAUCGGAUAAUUUGGAUUUGAAGUACGACGAACAUAAUCCUUUUGAUAUUUGUGGAGCUAGCUUUACUCCCAUCUAUAAGGGAAAACCAGUUGUUAAAUGUCCACUCAGUGGUGCAUGUUAUCUACCAGAGUUUAAGGGUCAAGUUUGUAGAAUAACGAAGGCAACUGAAAUAGGCAAAGACACUAUUGGCUUAAGAAUAAGUACAUCACAAUUUCGUUGA